GUCUGGAUCUGCAAAAAGCUUUAGUUCAUAAUGAAACUAUCUGCAAGUUUUGUAAGCCUUCUUUUGGUAGCUUUAUUGCUACCGGAAAAUGUCAAAUCGAGUUCGUUGAAACUUCCUCUCGAUAAGACUCAUUUCCUGCCUAAUCGUAGUGGAAUUGUACAUUUACACGAAUGGAAAUUCCUUGAUAUUGCCAAGGAAUGUGAAGAAUUCUUGGGACCACAUGGAUAUGCAGCUGUCCAGACAUCACCAGCAAACGAAUACCUGAUAAUUCCAGGUCGUCCCUGGUAUGAACGUUAUCAGCCAAUAUCCUACAGAAUUAAGUCAAGAUCUGGGGAUGCUAGAGACUUCUUAGAAAUGACACGUAGGUGUCGCAAGGCCGGAGUAUUGAUUCAUGUUGAUGUUGUUCCAAAUCAUAUGUCUGGAAAUACAAAUGGUGUAGCUAGAGGAACAGAUGGGACACCUGCUGCUCCACACAAUUUCGCCUAUCCCGGAGUGCCUUACAAUUCUUCUCAUUUCAACCACCCAACCUGUGGAAUCAACAACUACGAUGAUCUUAGGGAAGCCCGGGUGUGCGAAAUGGUCGGUCUACACGAUCUCAAUCAAACUAUUCCAUACGUUCAGGAAAAAAUCGCAAAGUUCCUUAAUUCCUUGACAGCUAUCGGAGCUGCUGGAUUUAGAGUCGAUGCUGCCAAGCACAUGUAUCCCGAGGAUCUGAAGAAAAUCUACAGCCUAUUGUAUCCAUUGUCCAAGGAGCUUGGUCUUGGAGCCAAUGCCUACCCUUUCAUCUAUCAAGAAGUUGGUGAUUAUUGGAAAUUCAAGUACAAUUUCUUAGGAGCCGUAACUGAAUUCGCCCAUCCAACGAACAUGGCCAAGUUCUUCAAACAUGACUCCCAAGCCAAUGCCCUAAAGAACUACGGUGGACCACACAUGGGCAUGUUACCCCACGAGAGUGCACUUAUUUUCGUCGACAACCACGACUUGCAACGUCAGAAUUCCUACACUUUGAACUAUAAGAGUCCACGUGAAUUCACAGCAGCAUAUGUCUUCACUCUGGCCCAUCCCUACGGUAUUCCACGUGUGAUGAGCUCAUUCGACUUUAAGUCCGACCAAGAUGGUCCACCACAUGAUGCAUCUUUCAAUAUUGAAAGUCCACAAUUCGAUUCGAACGAUCAAUGCCGUAAUGGUUGGGUUUGUGAACAUCGUUGGCCCGCUAUUGCAAAUAUGAUUGCCUUCAGAAAUGCAGUUGGCAAUAGUCCAUUGACCAACUUUAAGGCAGACGAUAAGAAGGGUUUGGUUUCAUUCUGCCGUGGAAAUAAGGGUUUUGUUGCAGUUAGUGCUGGAAUCGAGGAUAUCAAUGAAAAAGUAGCAACUUGUCUACCAGCCGGAACCUAUUGUGAUGCAGUUUCACAGAAUCGUGUAAAUAAGAAAUGUGAUCGUUCGGCACAAGUUGUUGUAGGAAAUGAUGGAACAGCACAUAUCAGGAUUCCUAAAAACGGAAAGCAUUUGGCUGUUGCUUUGCAUACCGGAAACAAGGCAUAGACAUAUUUAAGCAAUUAAGAAGAAAUGUUGUAUUGCUAACUUUUCCAAAAGUAAAGAUAAAUUUAUUUUAAAGCA